ACGCACGUUGCUGGCUGGUCAGUGUGUCAGUUCUGUUAUAGACGCUCUGAGGGACUCAGGAUGCUGCGAUUACGGUGCAAGGCCAAGAAUGGGACUCAUCUCAUGCAAGGCCUGACGCACCAAUCCUGUGUUCAGGAGCUGAAAGACAAGGUGGAAGAGCUGACAGGAAUCCCGUGCGACGUGCAAAAGAUUAUGGUGGGCUACCCACCAUCGAGCUUGGAUCUCCGUGACGGAGACGCCCAUCUGAAAGAUUACCCUAUAAAAUCAGGAGACACGCUGAUUGUAGAGGAGGAAAAAAACAAGCCGAAAGUCACAACCCCGAAAACCCUGCUCCUGGACUGUACUCCUGUCCUGGAGCGUCGCACGGUUCCCGCCGACAACUCGUGUCUGUUCACCAGUGUUAAUUACGUGGUCGAAGGAGGUGUGUAUAACGCGGCCUGCGCACCCGACAUGCGCCAGCUCAUCGCCCACAUCGUAGCCAGCGACCCCGCUGCGUACUCCGAGGCCGUGCUGGGGAAAAGCAACGAGGACUACUGUGCUUGGAUCCGCCGCAGCGACACGUGGGGCGGCGCCAUCGAGCUCUCCAUCCUGUCCAAGUUCUACCAGUGCGAGAUCUGCGUGGUCGACACGCAGACGGUUCGCGUGGACCGCUUCGGAGAGGACGCCGGCUACGGCAAGCGCGUACUACUCAUCUACGACGGCAUCCACUACGACCCGCUGCAGAUGCUCGUGCCUGGGACGGACUGCCCGCCUCAGACCAUCUUCUCUACUUCUGACGAUGUCAUCCUGGCGCAGGCGCUCGAGCUGGCCGACGAGGCGCGCCGCAAACGCCAGUACACGGACGUGAACCGAUUCACGCUGCGCUGCAUGACGUGUCAGACUGGUCUGGUGGGACAAAAAGAAGCAAGGGAACACGCCAAGGAGACGGGCCACACCAAUUUCGGCGAGGUUUAAAACCUCACAAAUGUGUCUGUUACCAUGACGUUACAUGUUCUCACAGCUGUGUCUCAGUGCCGUUCUCUACCUCAUGUUGUUCUGAUCCCCCUCCCUUUCAGUAUUGCAGCUAUGGGUAUGGAUAUACUUUGGGUAUUGACGUUCUUAAGUUUGAAGCGUUAAUUUGGUGCGUGUGUGUGUUCACAGUAUUCUAAUAACAUUUCAAAAAAAUUCUUAGUAGCAGUUGAGUCUAAUGAAUCGACUGAGCCUCGAUCCAAACCAAAACUUAAGGGUGCUUUCACACACGCAGUCCGUUUGAAUCGAACCCUGGUGUGAUUUCCUCUUUGGUGCAGUUCGUUUGCGCAGGCGAGGACCAGAACAACGGUCCGAGGGCGUCUGAGUGAGGUGGACUCGCCGUGGUUCCGGUCAAACUCUAGCGGGAUUCGAUCCUGAAACAGGCUGUGCGUUUUGACAUAGAGAUGACAUUUUUUCUGCCUGCGAGCGGCGAAAAUGAACCGAGAGGAGCAAACUGAGCCAAAGGACAGCGCUGUGGUGCUGCAGAAAAUGUGAUGUGUUCUGGAGACGGAUUGAAAGCGCCUCGGUGUUCUCUGUGCUCGGGAGAUUAUUUAUAUAUAUAUAUAUUUUUUACGCAGACUUAGCAAAGGGCUUGCUUAAUUUAUUCCAUUACACAUGACGUUUUAGCCCUAAAACCUCCCUCCGCCAAUUCCCAGGUAUCCAUUUCACUCUGAUUCGGACUCGGACCAGAUGACCGCCAGCGAUCCCAUCACUCUCGUCAUCUCGUAAACGUCCGACUAGUCAAGCCAAGUCUCUGCUCUAAGAACAGUUCAGUCUGCAUUGUAUUCUGGGAUUUUUGCACCAACAAAUUACCACCAGAAUCACGAAACUCUUCCCAAGUAUGUCACGUUUGCUGUGUUUCAGGGUGAAACGGUGCAGACGGUGUUUAAUAUGAUGCUCUCAAGCCACAGCGUUUUUAAGAAACUCAGCUCCGAGCACUUCAGUCCAGUUUUGAUUUCAGAUCAGUACUUCCCGAACAUUUUCAGAACAAUCGAUGGCACUACAUGGGUCUUAAAUAUUAUGCUGAAUAUCAAUAUUAAUAUUCACUGUUACUUGAAUCGCUUGUUGCAGAGGUGUACGGCGGCGAACACAGUUCUGUAUUUGCUCUUAUCUGAGCUUCUCAUCUGAAGUAUUUCUUAAACUUCAGUUGUAACGAGAGUUCAGGUCUUCAUGCUUGUUUGUAGAGAUAACGGUGCUGAUGGUGAACACGUUAAAUUGCGUAGUGGUGUGCAUUUCUGUUCACGGCGUACGCAAAACACUUUGCAAAAUAACUAAGAAGUGCAUGUUUUGUUUUUAAGCGAAUGCAGUGGCAAGAGUUUGUGUGUGUGUGUGUGUGUGUGUGUGUGUGUGUGUGUGUGUGUGGUUUUUUUUUUUUUUUCUUCUUCAGUGGAGACUUUUAUCAUAUCAGAUUUUACUGAAACACUGGGACAAACAUCACUCGAUAACUUACCCGAGUCGUACACUAAGUAGUACGAGUUGAUAAACUGUAUAUGGAAUGUAUUCCAGUUAUUAAAAACUCAGUAAGUACACUUACAGUCAGGUACUGUCCACACACUACAAAGCUUUAAGUUAUUUUACAGUUUUAAUUUUACAAAAAUUUGUUCCACUGUGAGGCCAAAGGAAAUCUGUUUCUCAUUAAACUUUGCGUUUUCAUUUCUUUCUUUCUUUUUUUGCCAGAUUGGGGGAAAUAAUAUGAUCCAAGUAAUGUUUGUGUUAUUAAUGUGAGAUUAAAACGUCAUUACUAAGUAAGAUGUGAUGUGAGUGGGCAAGAAACUGCAUGAUUAAAAAGGUGAAACCAGAAAUAAAGGUUACAUUAAGGCA